AGGUCCCUGGACCAUCUGGUGGUGCCCCGCGUGCUGGGCUUCCUGCUGAACGUGCCCUCGCGGGUGUCGCUGGGCGCGCUGGCGCUGCCCCUGCGCCGCCCCCACUGGCUCUGCGUGCGCCCCUUCGGCGCCGCCUUCUACAACCUGGACUCCAAGCUGGCCACGCCCACCCGCAUCGGGGCGGAGCCCCAGCUCAGGGAGUUCCUGCGCUCGGCGCUGGCCCCGGCGCCCUCGGAGCUGCUGCUGGUGGUGACGCGCGACGUGGAGGAGGCGGGGAGCUGGCUGAGAGCAGAGUGACACCGGGACACCUGGGGACAUUGGGGACACCU